CGUGUACUGCGGAGUAGUGCGGAGUGCGGAGUGCGGAUACGCGAUACGCUCGACUCGAGCGGCUAGCGGCUAGAGUUCUCCUUUCAAACAAACCAAGAUGUCGAAGAGAGGACGUGGUGGUUCGGCUGGAGCCAAGUUCAGGAUAUCCCUGGGUCUACCGGUCGGCGCGGUCAUCAAUUGCGCUGAUAAUACUGGUGCCAAGAAUCUGUAUGUCAUCGCAGUGCAAGGAAUCAAGGGCCGGUUGAACCGUCUGCCAGCAGCAGGAUCCGGCGAUAUGAUCGUUGCCACCGUGAAGAAGGGAAAACCUGAACUAAGGAAAAAGGUGAUGCCUGCUGUGGUGAUACGGCAACGGAAACCAUUCCGCAGGAAGGACGGGACAUUCAUAUACUUCGAGGACAAUGCCGGUGUAAUCGUCAACAACAAGGGAGAGAUGAAAGGAUCGGCUAUUACGGGACCUGUCGCGAAGGAGUGUGCAGAUUUGUGGCCAAGGAUCGCAUCCAAUGCCAGCAGCAUCGCAUAGUUCACACAUCCUGUAUAAAUUUACUGUCCUUUACAGUUUACAAAAUAAACCAGAAAAUAAUUAAUA